GGGGUGUUAUUUGCAUCUGGAGCGGGCUAGGGCUCUGACAUUGGGGAGAAAGAAGGCAGAAAGAAAAAAGUCCAGUUCUGUCUCACUCCUCCAAGGGGGACAAUUGCGAGGGGCUCUAGGUCCUUUGCCUAAGUUGAGGCAGUCCCUACCCCCUCCCCGGUCACCAUCCCAGAACGCACACACCACCGGGGUCGACCCCGGGUGGGCAAGGCUCGCGCCCAACCCUGUGCUCGCCUCCGCUCCCCUCGCCAGUCCGUCGAGAGCGCGCGCGCGCACGCGAGGUGGGGGUGUGUAUGUGUGAAGCUGCGCGUCCGCGCAGGCGCGAGGCAGAACGGGCGCGCGGGCCGGCCCCGGGGCCUCCAUGAUGGAGGAGCGAGCGGCCGCCGCGGUCGCCUCGGCAGCCUCCUCCUGUCGACCUCUGGGCUCGGGCACGGCUCCCAACCCGACGGCGGCGGCCCCGGCCUCCAGCCCUGCUCCUGGGCCCGGCCCGGUAGGUAAAGGAGGUAGCGGUGGUGGCAGUCCGGGCCCCACAGCGGGUCCGGAGCCCCUCAGCCUGCCUGGGAUCCUGCAUUUUAUCCAACACGAGUGGGCACGCUUCGAAGCCGAAAAGGCCCGCUGGGAGGCCGAGCGCGCCGAGCUGCAGGCUCAGGUGGCUUUCCUCCAGGGUGAGAGGAAAGGCCAAGAGAAUCUAAAGACAGACCUGGUGCGGCGGAUCAAGAUGCUGGAGUAUGCGCUGAAGCAGGAGAGGGCCAAGUAUCAUAAACUGAAGUUCGGGACAGACCUGAAUCAGGGGGAGAAGAAGGCAGAUCUGUCAGAACAAGUCUCCAAUGGCCCUGUGGAGUCGGUCACACUGGAGAACAGCCCAUUGGUGUGGAAGGAGGGGCGACAGCUUCUGCGACAGUACCUGGAAGAGGUGGGCUACACAGAUACCAUCUUGGACAUGCGGUCCAAGCGAGUGCGUUCCCUUCUGGGCCGUUCAGUGGAACUCAAUGGGGCCACUGAGCCUAUCGAGGGGGCUCCCAGGGCUUCACCAGGCCCUGGGGGACUUAGUGGUGGCGAGUCUCUGCUGGUAAAACAGAUCGAGGAACAGAUCAAAAGAAACGCAGCAGGCAAAGAUGGCAAGGAGCGCCUGGGUGGCUCGGUACUGGAGCAGAUCCCCUUCCUGCAGAACUGUGAGGAUGAGGACAGCGAUGAGGAUGAUGAGCUAGACAGUGUUCAACACAAGAAGCAGCGUGUGAGGCUCCCAUCCAAGGCCCUAGUGCCUGAAAUGGAGGACGAAGAUGAGGAAGAUGACUCGGAAGAUGCUAUCAAUGAGUUUGAUUUCCUGGGCUCAGGAGAAGAUGGGGAAGGGUCUCCAGAUCCUCGACGUUGUGCUGCAGAGGGGAACCCCCAUGAGCUCGAAAGCCGUCGGGUCAAACUCCAGGGAAUUCUUGCUGACCUCCGGGAUGUGGACGGGCUGCCUCCCAAAGUGACCGUUCCACCUCCUGGCACACCCCAGCCCCGGCCUCAUGAAGGUUCCUUUGGCUUCUCCUCAGACGUCUUCAUCAUGGACACUAUCGGGGGCGGGGAGGUGAGCCUGGGGGACUUGGCAGAUCUCACCGUCACCAAUGACAACGACCUCAGCUGUGAUCUGUCUGACAGCAAAGACGCCUUCAAGAAGACAUGGAACCCCAAGUUUACCCUCCGCUCACACUACGAUGGUAUCCGCUCGCUGGCCUUCCACCACAGCCAGUCAGCACUGCUCACUGCUUCUGAGGAUGGCACACUUAAACUGUGGAACCUACAAAAGGCAGUUACAGCCAAGAAAAAUGCUGCACUGGACGUGGAGCCAAUUCACGCUUUCCGUGCUCACAGGGGCCCUGUACUGGCAGUCACCAUGGGCAGCAACAGCGAGUACUGUUACAGCGGUGGGGCUGAUGCCCGCAUCCACAGCUGGAAGAUUCCUGACCUCAAUAUGGACCCAUAUGAUGGCUACGACCCAAGCUUGCUGAGCCACGUCCUGGAAGGCCAUGGGGAUGCUGUGUGGGGUCUGGCUUUCAGUCCCACCUCCCACCGCCUGGCAUCUUGCUCCGCUGAUGGCACCGUCCGCAUCUGGGACCCCAGCAGCAGUAGUCCAAGCUGCCUCUGUACCUUCCCCAUGUCUGGAGAACACGGAAUCCCCACCUCAGUGGCCUUCACCAGCACCGAGUCUGCCCAUGUCGUGGCCUCCUUUCGUUCUGGUGACACCGUUCUUUAUGACUUGGAAGCUGGCAGUGCCCUCCUCACAUUGGAGUCCCGAGGGAGCAGCGGCCCAACACAGAUCAACCAGGUGGUGAGUCACCCAAAUCAGCCCCUCACCAUUACUGCGCACGACGAUAGGGGCAUCCGAUUCCUGGACAAUCGGACAGGUAAAUCUGUGCACUCCAUGGUUGCCCACCUGGAUGCAGUCACCUGCCUAGCCGUGGACCCCAAUGGCGUGUUCUUGAUGUCAGGAAGCCAUGACUGUUCUCUGCGUUUAUGGAGCCUAGACAACAAGACAUGUGUGCAGGAGAUCACGGCCCACCGCAAGAAGCAUGAGGAGGCCAUCCAUGCAGUGGCCUGCCAUCCCAGCAAGGCACUUAUCGCCAGUGCUGGUGCUGACGCCCUAGCCAAGGUGUUCGUAUGAUCCCACCUGGCCUCGCCCUGGCUACACAGUGGCAGGGAGCGGGGCCAGGCCAGUGGGGCUGAGGCAGCCCCAAGCCUCCCUUGAGAGGCUCAGAGUCUCGGCCUCUUUCAUCUUCCUGGAGCCUGGUGGUGCUAAUGGCCCUUUCCCCAGGAAUCGCCCUUCAAGGAUGGCCUCUGGGAUUUGUGCUCAUGCCCCAGCCCCAACUCCUGAUACAGCUGUCCUCCUGAGUUUAGCACAGCCAAGGCUGGGUGUCCUUGGGGAUCUGUUUUUUUCUUCUAAGAAAAUAGAAGGUGCCAGGCUCUACCCUAGAGUGCCACACUUCCCCUGCCCAUCAGAUGAAGGGCUGUGCAGAAAGGGGUCUCCUGUGGCCCUCCUGUGUGGGCCCCAGGCUGUCCUCUUGGACCUCAGUCCCUUCCUUCUGCUUUCCAACACUAACAAGCAUCUGGGGCCAGGUCUUCUGGAAAGGGCCUCCACUCCUCUGGGGCAUGCUCCCAGCUACAGGCCCUCCUUGAGAUAUAGAGGGUGGAGUGGGCCCCUGGCCCCUAGCUCGCUGUCUAUCUGUAUAAAUGGGAUUUUAAUGGCAUCCACCCCACGUUAUCACUGUGUGAUAGUCUGUCAGUCUCCUUCCAACUCCACACUUUUGCCUCUAUUUAUUUCACUCUUUAUUUGGGUUCUACCUUGUGCCCUUGGUUCCCCCUUCAGGUUCCUGUUUAUAAGCCCCAUUCCUUUUGCCCCCAACUUGUAUGUGAAAAAAAAAACUGUCUCAAUAAACCCUUUGGAGUAA